AUAUUAAUACCUAGAAUAUAUAGAGGUUCUAAAGAGUAUAAGGAAUAUAGCUUAAAAAUUAUUAAGAAAAGGCUAUUAAUAUAA